AUGAAUAACGAUGAUGCAUACUAUGAAGUUCAAAUAUUAGAAGCCAAUAAGAUCUGUAAUGCAUUAUUGAGUGGAAUAGUAAUGGAGAGUGUAUCAGAUUUAAUGAAUAAUUCAACACUUCCCGAUUAUCUUAAACAUUACUAUGAAUUGGUGAAACUUUACUCAGAAGAAAUUGAAAAGCUAAAAUCACUUCAAAUUGUGAAUUGUCAUGAAGCUUUGAAAAUGAAAAACAAUAAAAGUAGUGAAAUUCACAUCGCCCAAGCUGGAGCAUUGCUCGAUGAAAUUGAUGGAAUUUUAAAAUCAAAUAUAAAGCAUUCAGCAUCUCAUGUAAUUAGUAAAAGUGACUUGGAGACAUUGAAAGAUCAGAAAGAUAAAUUAAUGUUAAUCUUUGAGAAAAUAAAUAAUAUUCCGAAGCCAAAUGAAGAGCUGAAAUCUCACUUACAAACAAUCAACAAUAUUCAUACAAACCUCGAACACAUCGGUAAUACAAUUUCAACAACAAGUUCUCAGAUCAAUAAAUCACAAAUUGAUGUAAUUGAUUACACUACAGAUGUUCUUCAUCUGUCAAAAUGUUUUUGUGCUAAAUAA